GUCACACUUAUUAAUUAUUUUGCUAGUACAUUUGAAAUUCCUUUGCAAUUGCUUGUAAUUUUCAUAAACAAUUUAAAAUGUUUAGAGUUAUGCUAUAACCUUCUAUACAUUUUCAAAGUAUACGACAACUUAGAUCUAUAUAAAAGGCCACCAAAAGUCAUAAUUUUGCAUUCAGUUUCCAAAAGAAAAAAGAAAAGAAACAAUGAAAGGUUACAUUAUUGCUCUUAUAGUAUGUGCCUGCGUCGCUAUAAUCGCGGUUGUUCUUAUCUUAUGUUGUCUUCAAAACCGCAAAAAGAAAAAAACGUGGUCUCCUCCACCGCGUCCGCCGGUAAAAGACGUUGAAAAAGGUAGAAGCAGUGUCGCAAGAGAUGGAGGGCUUGUUGUUUUGACAGGCACCGCUGUCACCACAGCCGUUGUAGCUACGGCUGUAACCACCGGAACCGCCGAUGAAAUUAGUGGUGGUGGAGGAGGCGGGGAAGGCGGAGGAGAAUGUGAUGGUGGUGGAGAUGGUGGAGGAGGAUGUGGAGGUUGCGGUGGUUGCGGCGGUUGUGGCGGGUGUGGAGGUUAAAGGCUGUAUAGUUAUUAGUGACGUAAUAGUGAAUUUGCAUGCAAGGUUUUAAAUUGUGAAUGUAAGGUUUUAAGUGUGAUCUCCUUAAUGAGAUAAAAAAAAUUGUAAUCAUAAUUAAUGGGAUUGUAAUAAGGUGAAUAUAACCAUUAUAUAUGUAAUCUAAAUUUUAUGGUUUUCUA